AUGAAGGGGCCUCCAGUUAUUCAGUUGUCUCAUACAGAACAUGCAUCCAAAGGGCCAAUUUCCAAUGAAGGUUUUGCUCUGAGUAGUGGUGCCCCUGAUAGUGAGAUUGAUGUUGACUUUGGAACUCCUCAUGUAACAUCUUUAACCCCAGAUCACAGCGAGGUGUCUGGCUAUGGAACUGGAGGUGGCUCAUCAGAUGGAGACGAGGCUGAAUUCAAGAUUGAGACAAAUACUAAAGAGCAAAGUCCAUUUGAGAAGUGUCAGAAAAUGUCUGAAAAGCAUGAUGUUAUACAACAGUCUGAGGUGGCAAGUUCAGUCAAUGAUUUGCGUGAUUCUUCUCAUACCAUAACUUGUACCAUCACUAUUGCUUUUGCCAUACCUCCUACAAUCACUAAAG